AUGGACUUGGAGUCUGCGUCGGAUCCUGGAACUUCUCAGGAUUUGAAUGCUGUUGAAAGGGUAAUGUAAAUAUUUUCUAUUACAUUUGAGUUUAGCUGAACUGGCAAACACCCAUCAAAAAUGUUUAUUUCAUAAACAUAGAAUAUUUAUGAAAUAGACAUGGACUGUUAUAGACAGUAUAGAAAUUCAAGUUUUGCAGUUAUUUAUAAUCAUUUAUAAUUAAUUAUUAAUGUAAUAUUUGUAUUUUUUUUUUUAACAGAAACAGCAGUUAUUACAACGGCUUCUUUUAGAAAAUGCUUCGAAGGAACCAUGCUUCCAAGAGACACCUCUCAGACAGUCGGCUCCUGAAGAAGUUACUACCAGCACUGAUGAAGAGGGCAGAAUUGGGAACACGGAUUGGUGCACCUGUGGAAACUGCAUUACGAUGCCAACCGUGGAGGAGUCUAUUUGUUGUAAAGAGAUUGAUAAUGUCAUAUGCCAGCUUGAAGAUGCACCGUGUAUUAUCCAUAAUACUUUCUUCAAGCAAUUCUGCCAGGAGGAUUUUGCCCACUUCCUCUACGGCUUCCUUGGCAUGGAGUCCCAGAGGCCUUCUGAAGCGUUAUUUAACAGGUAG